GACGGAUGGAAUAACAGCUCCAAAGGAACUGAAAUUUUAAAUCAAAUAAAAGAUACCAUAUGUCAGAAAAUCUACGUACCUAACGCUAGUCUCUUUAGUAGUAGCACAACAUUUGAAUCACACUUUAACCAUGUUACCAUCAGCAAUGAUGGGUUGCGUUCAAAGACACCACGUUGAAUAUAAGUUGAAUUCACAUGUUUUGAGUGUAGUGCUUUCCACAGUAAGAGGUACGUUAGUGACUAAUAUUGUCACGAACUGUUUUUGUUUGUCUUUCCCUUUAUUUUGACCACACAUACAGGUAUAAGAAAGACUAGAGACGUAUUUGUGAUCUGGAGAUAUUUACAGUACAUGGUGUUGGAAUUGCACUGCUGUUGAUGUGUUAAGGUCAGAAAAGUUAUAAAAGAGCAUCAAAUUCUGUGUGACGGUGCGGGGACACUAUUAUGUCUUAGUCUGAGGUCAUCACAGAGAGGUGUGGCUUGACAUGAUGCGCGUGUGUUAAUUACGCUAAAAAAAUGUAACAUAGUUAAUGAAAUAAAUUUGUUUAACACUAUUUUGACAGCCCUAAUUUAAAUAUAAAAUACGGGGAAAACCAUCAAAAUAGUGCCAUCUGAUGGGCCACUGUGCUUUGCGUGCUUGCUAACAUGACAAUAGGACAGAUUGCUCAUAGAUUUUAUCACUCAAUACUGUGUAAUCAAAAUGUUUGUCUAUUGAGAAUGUAAAAUAUUUUGGGAGUAACUCGGCCAUUUGUUCCCCAUUCAAGCAUGAUCUCAUCAGAGGCUUAAAGGGCUUAUUUCAACAUGAGCGUCUGGUCUUGCUUUUAAUGCUGUCAGACAUUCAAAAUGCAGGUUCCUACUUGCACAUGUUGCGUUCUUAAAUCCUAGUGGGAAAUUGGGCCUGUCCGUGCUUGCCGGCGCAGAUAAUAUUUUUUUUCUUUUUACUCUCCGUCUGCAUGAUGAUGAUGUUUUUUUUCCGAAUCAAAAAGGCCCGGGGCCAAAACAUGAUAUCAGGUGAUAAAGCAACGGUUCACACCUAGCUUCCACCCAAAACAGGGAGUGGACUCACAUUUGUGCACGUAGUCGCUGCAACCGGAAAAAAAAAACGGCAUCGGAGGAGCUAACACCUUUUGGGGUUUUCAAACGCUCGUUUUUUGCAAUAAACCGUUGUGCCAGCGUGAUACAAUGCAGUCAUUGUUUGGGGCAGGAAUUAAACAAAACGCGAUGUUUCCUUUCUAUGCUCCCAAAGAAACAAAAGUAGCAAGUAUUGACAGGAACACUGCUUAUUUUGCAGCUAUAGCGCAUAGUGCCAGCGUGCUGCAGGUUAUCUGACUUCAACACACAAAUCCAGGAAAAGCACAUUCAUGAGGGCCUAAUCUGCCAAAUCUGCUUUCGGUGCAUUCUGUAAAAGCUCAAAACAAGACAGACAUACAGUACAUACACAGCAUUCUGACUUCAUAUGAUAUUUCAUGAGUACUCCCAUGUUACGCAACACAGUUUGUAUGUCGCCUACACCUUAAUGGAAGAUAUUUUCCCCUAAAAGUGCAUCGUCCCACAUGCUUUUCCCCCUGUUUUCAACCGGGCAACAAAGAACACAACAAGUGUGUUUUUUUAAGAGCUUGAUGACGUCAAGUAAUAAGAGUCAAGGUCUGGGUCUCCGAGUCUAAAGUACUCUUUCCACACCAGCACUGUCGAGUCCAUGUCAGGAAGUACACAAAUACAGUCGUCCCUUGCCAUAUUGCGGUUCAGAUUUUGCGUCUUCAAUCUAUCAUGGUUUUUCAAAAACAUAUUAAAUAAUCAAUCAUGCUGUUUCGUGGUUGGAUAUUAGUCCAAAAAAAUGCAUAUUUAAGCACAUUUACGUAUUUUUUGCCUAAAUUAAGCAUUUUUAACCAUAGAAAUGGCUAAAUAAACUAAACUAUAAAUACAGUAUAUAUUUGUAUUGUAUAUUAGUUGGUGCUAUGUAGUAUUUUACACUGGUCACUAGGUGUCAGUGGUGUCAGCAAUGUUACUAACACCACACUUAAUAAUAUAAUAAUAUGGGCUACUGCUGCAACCGUAAUCCACUCAACUCUGAACACCCGUCGUCACUUCCUGACCUCCACAUGUUUGGAACACAUUUACAGCAACACACUCGUGAAUGUGAGUCUUAUUUAUGUCUUAAAUGGCUUGUUUUCUCUGAUUAUGUCUACUAUAUUGGAUAAUACAAGUGUAAAGAUGAAUAUAGGGGUGUUAUUUCAUGUCUAGAGGGCUCUAACAAUGUUAAAUCGUAUUUAAAAGGUUGUAAACAGGUUUCUAUGUGCUCAAACUACAAAAAUAUUAUAAAUAAAGGAAUCCAACUCCGCGGAAAUUCGCUUAUCACACUCGAGUCUGGAUGAACCAAUGAACCGCAAUAAACGAGGGAUUACUGUACUCUGGUAUUAGGAAAGUGGGGCAGUGCCCCAACACAUCCUGCAGAUGGCAUGGUGUAAAAAGGCUUGCUACAUUUUUUUCCUUGUGUCCUACUGUGGAAGUAUUUCUUUACCCUUAAGGUCCACUCUAGUUUUUGCAUGUGCGGAUGUAAGUGAGAGCUGACCAUUUGUUUGUGUCAUCGUGCAAGUUUGCAUGUUUGACCAUUUACAUCGAUAAUGUCACAAACAUCCAUUUGGUAAUUUAGUUUUCCAAAUGUAAAAUUGUUCAGUUUGUAAAAGUAGAAGUGUUUUUGUUUUUGUAUUUUUGUUUAUACUUCUCGGCCACCGAAAACAAAAAAUACAAUAAAAGGGACUAAAAUAUUAAAGUUACACAAAUACAUUUGUAACUAAGUUGAACGUUAUGGCAAACAGUCAUAAUUCACUAUUUUCUUGAACAGAACACUUGAUUUUUUGAACUACUCAGCCACUGUACCUAAUGUUCCCUGCUUUUUGCUGAUGUUAAAAACAAAUUAGACAAAAAGUACUGCAGCUUUCCCGUAAUGUAGUGUCUUCAUUACUAUUUUGCCUGACAGUGUACUGAGACUACUGCAGGGGUGUCCAUAGUGCAGCACAGGGCCAUUUUUGGGAGCUUGUUUUUUUUUUUUAUUGGCCCUCUAGAUAUUGUGAAAAUGAAAUUAAUUCAUUAUUAAUGAGAUAUAUUAUUACAUAUUGCACUAAUUUGCUUUGUCACCUGUAACACAAAGCUUAAGAUGUUUGUUCAUAUAGCUUAGCAUGUAUUGACCUACAUUGGAUUGGUUUUUGCAUCGCCAACUACAUCAAACUAUAUUUACCUUUGUCAGUGUUAACAGACUCAUGUUACCUGUACUGCAGCAAGCCACUAACAUCCACAGUCUUGCAUGGGUCCAAAUUUUGGUGCCUACAGUUCUUUUGAGUGGAUAACACCGUAUUUGUUUAAAUGCGACUUGCGAGCUGCUUCAUUGUGACUCGUGCGCCUUGCUGUUGUCCCCUGCAGAGCGGAAGAAGUACUGCAUGAACAAGCACUUGUAGUUAGAAUGAAAGGUGCACAUUAUUUAGAUCAUGUUUGGCGGGCCAAAUGAGAAGCAUUGGCGGGCCGCCUGUUGAGGACCCCUGGCGUAGUGGCAUAGAUGACUGAGGUAGUUUAUUUAUGAGGGCAUGGCCACAUACAAGAAACGUCUAGCCCUUCACCUGCAGUCAAUGAGGCAGUUGUGGCUAAAAUGAUGUCAGGAAUGAGUGAAUAAAUAAAGCAGACGUCAGAUGUAUCUCAUUAUGUGAGACGAGCAAAUGUAGGUCAUUCACUGUGUAGUGUUCGGUGUGACAACAAGUCCAGUAGAACAGAGGUUUUCCAAGUGUGGCACAGUGAAAAAAAAGAUUUUCUGGAGCAUUUUUUUUUAGUUUUAUGCUGUCUGUUUACUCUGUCGAUGUAGGAACUAAAAUCUAUUUAUUUCGCCUUUAAACAAGAUAAAAGUUUGCUUAGCUGGUUUCAAACAGACGCUUUUCAGUACACUGUGUGCGCAAUUAUUCGGCAAGUCAGUAUUUUGACCAUAUUCUCAUUUUGGUUGCAAGUACACAAAAGGGUCGCAAGAAACGUGAAAAACAUGCAAAUUAACUGCCACAUAUUUGAGAAAAAUCAAACAUGAGGCUCCCAGGAAUCCAUUAUCCUCCAGUGCUGGCAUACUCCAGAACUGUAAUCUACCUGUAGUGUCCACAAGUACGCUACAUGGUGUUCAGAGCUCAGAGACAUGGCCAAGGUAAGAAAGGCUGAAACCCCACCAUCACUGAACAAGACACACAAGUUUAAAGGCUAUGACUUGGCCAAGAAAUAUCUGAAGACACAUUUUUCAAAAGUUUUAUGGACUGAUGAGAUGAGAGUGACUUGAUGGACCAGAGGGGUGAGCCCUUGGCUGCAUCAGCAAUGGGCAGAAAGCUCCACCCCAACUCAGACGCCAGCAAGGUGGAGGUUGGGUACUGGUAAGGGCUGGAAUUAUUAAAAGAUGAGCUUGUUGGGCCUUUUCAGGGUGAAGAUGGACUAAAACUCAACUCUCAAACCUACUGCCACCUUUUUCACACAGUGACACAUCUUUCAAGAAGACCCUGAUAUUUAUGCAGGACAAUGCUCCAUCUCAUGCAUCCAAGUCUCCAUAUACCGUCUUAUAAAGUGACUUUAUUUCAGUAGUAUAAUUUAAGAAGUGAAAUUCUAUAGAUUCAAGAAUGUAUGCUCAAUUUUUUUCUUUCUCAUAAAAGUUGAAAAACUAUCAAAAAGUUGAAUAUAUUAAAGUACCGAUUCAUGUGCUAACCCUCAAAUGAACUGUAAAAUCUCAUAUUGGCGCCUUUAAUUAGUUUCUUUUUUUACAUAUUCUAAUUCAUUGAGCUGCAGCUGCACAGCCAACAAAAACACUUGACAACAAUUACGCACAGGUUUUACAGCCUUUUACUUCAAAUUACAAGUUGAUGAUUUUCAGCACUUUUUAUGAUUGAAAAUUAUAAUUAGAUGUUUGAAUGUAUACUAUUCGUGUAAUUUGUACAUGUUACUAUAGGUUCCUGACACCAACAUUUAAGUUUAUGUUAACACCUAUUCAAAAGUGUCCAAAUAGAAGCGUGCAAUAAUGUGGGAGGGGUUCCUAAUGUUUUGGCUUGAAGGCUGUGGGAGGGACUGGAAGGUUUGAAUGAAGAAGAGGAACCGCGGCAGUCUGGUGCUCGUAUUCAUCUCUCAGUCCCGCUCAGACAACGGAUGUUCUCCUCUUUUAGUGCAACUUUGAGCUUCUAUUGGACUUUUUUUCCAAACAAUGCUGUCCCGGCAAGAUAAAUGUCCACUGCAGGAGUGGGUGUUCUGGCGUGUACAGAAAGUUAAUGUCCUGUGAAUUCUAAGACUGCUUGUGGAUAAUGGAGACCACCGUGGGUGAGCAGUCCAUGACGGGGCACACCAUGAUCCCCACUAUCCCGUCCAUCAUGUUCAUGUUCGGGGUGGUGGGGAACGUCAUCGCCAUCGUGGUCCUGUGUAAGUCCCGCAAAGAGCAGAAGGAGACCACGUUCUACACGCUGGUGUGCGGCCUGGCCGUCACCGACCUCCUCGGCACGCUGCUGGCCAGCCCAGUCACCAUCGCCACCUACGUGAAGGGGUCCUGGCCGGGAGGGGAGCCUCUGUGCCAGUACUUCGGCUUCACCAUGAUCUUCUUCUCCUUGGCUGGCCUCAGCAUCAUCUGCGCCAUGUCCGUGGAGAGAUACAUGGCUAUCAACCAUGCCUACUUUUACAAUGACUAUGUGGACCAGAAACUGGCCGGGCUGACCCUCCUGGCUAUCUACGUGUCCAAUGCGUUCUUCUGCGCGCUGCCCAUGGCAGGUUUCGGUAGAGUCCAGAAGCAGUACCCGCAGACGUGGUGCUUCUUGGAGUGGCGGAGCAACAAGACGAGCGACGCGGCGUUUAACUUCAUGUACGCCGGCUUCAGCUCGGUGCUCAUCUUGGCCACGGUGCUGUGUAACGUGCUGGUGUGCGGAGCUCUCAUACGCAUGCACCGGCGAUACGUGCGCAGGACGUCGCUGGGGACAGACCUGGGACGCGACGUGGAUCCGCGCAGAAGGGGGCGCAGUUUCGGCCGUCUGGCUGGGGCAGAGAUCCAGAUGGUCAUCCUGCUCAUAGGCACCUCGGCGGUGGUGCUCAUCUGCUCCAUCCCACUGGUUGCUCAAGUGUUUUUGAACCAGCUCUACAAGCCCCCAGUGGAGCUGCGCUUGGACAAGAACCCAGACCUGACGGCCAUUCGCUUUGCCUCCUUUAACCCCAUCCUGGACCCCUGGAUCUACAUCCUGCUGCGCAAGGCCGUCCUCCUCCAGCUGGUGGAGAACAUCAAGUGCCUCUUCUGCAAGAUGGGCGCCAGGAGCAGGCAGCAGACCAACGGAAGCUUACGCUGCAAGGACGCCGCUGCUCAGUGCUCCUCCAAGCAGGACUCGAACUCACUGGAAGUUCGGGAUAUCACCUGCCAGACUUUCUUGUACCUCCCCCAGGUAAAGGAGGCACACCUUGGUAGUGGCUAUCACAAAGAAGAGAAGCUCUCCUGGUCUUCAUCGUGGAGACACUUGCAGGUGACUAAGACUUGCGAGCAGGGCAGGGAGGGGACCGAUGUGUUUAAGGACCCCCAGGACUCCCCAGUGAAGGACCCAGCAUUACAGGUGUCACUCGGCACUGAAACGGUGCAGGAGAAAUGCAUCUGACUUCACCCUCCACAGAGUGCGAGUUCAACACAGGAACUGUCAAUCAGUCAAGAAAAACAACACAAACAAUGAACACUUGAGCAGCUGUUGCUCACAGCAAGAAGGUCCAGGAUGUUGAAUUUCCAAGUAUUUCAAUGAAUGCCCCAUUAAGGUUUCAACCAACUCAAGCACCCUGAGGUACAGUACAUCAUCUACAAACUGAUUUUUUUCCCCAACUUUGACUACACUCGAAGACAAAUGAUAAACUACAAUAGGGCCAAGACCUCCACCAAGGUUGAACAGUGAGCAGGCCACUUCCUGGUUCACAGAAGUGCACCGUUUCUGAUUCAACGGUUCCUUCAUGAGUCAAACAGCAAAAAGAGAAAAGAAAAGUGAGCCUAGUUUUGUUUUUCGUGUGCACUUUAUUAUUACAUUGCGCACCACUUCCUGGUUUAUGGUGGAUGCCAUAAGAUCGACAAAGGGAUCAUAACAUUUCCGAUUUGGUGCACUGGUAAAGCGGGCCUUACAUCCCGACAUACGUAGUUCUACGUGCUGGCUACGUGCAAAAAUGGGGAAAAUCGCAAAAGAGACACGCUUGUGGCCCGCACGCAUUUUCAAACUAGCAGACAGCACGCAAAGCCCGUAGAAAGAAAAUUGGGAUGCAAAUUAUUUUCUGUGUGCACGCAGCCAGGUUGCAAGGACAAGGCAGAGGACGAGUGAGUGUGGCGCAAGUUUCAAAGUACAUUGAGUGGCGGGCGACUCCUCCAGCUGUACACUCUGGUUCUCCCGACCUCCGUGGACGCACGGCGGCUGCUCACAUAGUGUAUCCGACAUUAAUGCGCUCUGCCUUGCCACCGCGGGCGGCUUCUCCCGGCCAACACUGUGGUUCUCCAGACCUCGGUGGACGCGCGGCGGCUGCUCAAAUAGCAUAUCCGACAUUAAUGCACCUUUCCGUGGGUGUCACGAAUCACUCGCUCCAUAAGUACGACACGCUUGCAAACCCUUUUCCUCUACAUGCUGGCUAGGGCCAACAAAUUUCCCAAAACUUGCGGAGCCCGUGCGUGUGGUAACGUAUACGCCGGGAUUUAAGGCGCUUCAUAAGUCACACAACAAAAAGAGAAUUCAUUCCUGUAACAGCAGAAUUUGUGCUUGUUUAUCUGUUUAUCAGUUAGAAAGCAACCUCCAAGUUUAUGGUCGAUGACGUAAGACGAAGGGACCGUGCUAUUUUUGAGUCCAGGGAGGAAAGAACCGUACCAAAAUAAAUAAAUUAAAUUAAUAAAUAAAGUAAAUAAAUUCCUGUAACACAGUGGUUCUCAAUUAUUUUCUGCCAUGCCCCCAAUGGCGGGCAGAAAUGUUUUCGCGCCCCCGCGAUUUGAAAUACUAUUGAGAAAUAGAUCAUAUCUAUUUAUCUGUACUGUACAGACUGAACUCGAAAUAUGAAACCAGGGAAAUGCAACAAAAUGGAGAGCAGUGCCAGCACAUGUUGGCAGGUCUACACUAAUAUUGAAAGUCCUCCCUGCCUCUCACGCCCCCCCCGACAGUUCACUGCGCCACCCCAGGAGGACCCACCCCACUGUUGAAAAGCACUGAUGUAACAGAAGGGAAAAAAAUCGUACCAAAAAAAAAUAGCACCAAAUUUGUGUUGGUUUGUUUAUUAGUUAGCAAGCUACUUCCCGGUUUAAAGAGGAUAACAAAGGACAAAGGGACAUUAGCAUGUUUUGAUUCAGGGGCUGUGUGUUAGCUAGCAGGCUGCUUUCUCAAGUACCUUACAAUAAUCCACCAUUCCAUUGUUACUCAAAAAAGGAAAAGGUAAGGUUCCAAAUUUGUGCGUUUUUUUUGUCACCCUGUUUGCUAAUUAGUAGGCUACUUCCUGGUUCAGACAUUAGCAUGAGAAGGACGGAACACUAGCGUUUGAAUUCAGACUGUGGAGGACGUUUCCUUUGUUUCAUAUACCAGAGUCAAUUCUCGUUCCACUGUAUUUGUUUGUUUGCUAAAUUGUUGUUUAGCAAGCCACUUCCUUGUUUAUUUGUAUUGUGGAGCAAGGGGAAAACUGUUCCAUGGUCACUCAGUAGAUCACAGAAAAUCUAUGUCCUCUGUCCAAAUUUGCACCAAAAUGUUAUCAUCUCAUCUGUAAAGUUUCAUUUCAAUCAAAUACAGUGGAACCUUGGCUGGCGUCAUUAAUUUUGUUCCAGAAGGUCCAACUCUAACCAAAACGGACUCUAACUGAAUCAAUUUUUCCCAUAAGAAUGAAUAUCCUGAAAAUCCAAUGAGUCCGUUCCAGAAAGCCAAAACUCAUCUUUAUAGUUUUACAAUUAUAGCUUUACAUGCAGUAAACAAUUCCAAAUGCAUGUAAAUACAUAUGACUGAUGAAAGAAAGGGAUAAAUGAACAUUGAAGGUUUUUUUUUUACCUUUAUUGAAUACAUGAUUCUUAAUGUGAGUGUUCCAACACUUCAUUGGUGUUUCUCACCUCAAUAACCCAGAAUGGACCCGCAGAAACUUUCAAGUGCCAGCAUUUUGAUAAAUAUGGUGAAAAACACCAUUGAACUGAAUUGAAUUCAAGAAAUAACUCAAGACAAAACAGGAAGAUGGUGUCCGUGCUGGGUCUCGCUGCCGCAUCGUGUCUUUGGAAAUGCUCACAUCAAGAAUCGUGUUUUCAGUGAUGGUAAAAGUAACUUUAAAAAUUCAUUUAUCCCUUUCAUCCAUCAUUUAUAUGCAGUUAGAAUUGUUUUGUACAGGCAACAUACUGUAGCUGACUUCCGGUUCUGCUUACCACGUUAGCAAGCUAGCUUCUUUGUUUGAAGCUAAGGGCAUUUUGUGAUAAAAAUACCUAAAGAACAUAGUUGGACUCACACAGUGUAUUAAUAACACGACAAGACGUGCGCCGUAUUGUACGCUAACCGGAACGUGCACGUACACCGAGGCCAAAAUUCUGCCGUAAAUUUUCGACGUUUACUGAAAAACGUGCAAACUGGGGCGGACGCUAACUGUGGUUCUACUGUACUUUGCCUUUAAGCUUGGCGGAGGUAUCGACGAUUGUGAAAUUAGGCCUUGUGACCCUGAGCUACCUCACACAUCUCCAACAAUAAGAUCUGGUUUUGUUAUUGUGUUGAAAAUACUGAUAUUAUUCCCACAUCAAUGACCCAUUUCUUUGUGACUCAAGUGUCUGUGACGGGAAAAGACAUCCUUCACUAUUUUGGGCCACCUUGUGACAAUCAAAUUUGGAUCGCUUUCCAGUUGAAGUAGAUGAGCUCAGACGUGAGGAAUAAUAUUUUUUGGGACAAGCUGAUUCAAGGGCUUGUGGUCAGUAGAAGCAGCAGUGAAUGUGAUACUGCUGUGAGCUGUCUUUGUUUUGGACUCUAUUGGACAGCACUUUUUUUGGAAGGACGUGUUAUUUCAGCUCCGUGACUAAUGUGCAGUAGUUCCCUUUUUUGUGCUGGGCUAGACACAAAAUUUCAUCUCAAAUAUCUGAAGAAGGUACAAAAGAUUCCUGCUUGUGACACCUAAUUAGUGACUGUUUUCAAAUGUUUUCCACAUGUGGUCUGUGCAGUAUGUGCUUAGCGUGGAGGUUUUUCAUGUGUUUUAGCACUCAUUCCAGCUUGUGAUGGAGAAAGGUGAAAAAUGUUUUGCAUGGACUUAUUCUUCUCUGCGAGAAGGUUGUAGCACGGCCAGUCACAGCCCUAAAGGCAAUAACCCGCCUAAACUAACAUUUAGGACGUUUUCAUGCUCAUAAGCUGUACUCCUGCUAGUGAUGUGCGAUACCACUGAUUUCGUUUCCGAUCAGAUACUGAGUAAAAGUCAGGCCGGUAUCGGCGAUACUGAUACUUUGUGCAAAUUCACCUGUGUCUGGUAAAUUUUUAAAAUUUGUGUAUUUCAUAUCACAGCAUAGAAUACAAGACAUUCAAUUAAUUUAUCAAUGAAAUAUAUUUUUAGUUUAAAUGCAUUGUUAAUUUAAAAGUAAAUGAUUGAUUUAUUGUAAUACAUGUGCAUAUUUCUUUAUGUUAGGUUAAUUGGUGACUCUAAAUUGUCCGUAGGUAUGAAUGUGAGUGUGAAUGGUUGUUUGUCUAUAUGUGCCCUGCCAUUGGCUGGCGACCAGUCCAAGAUGUACCCCGCCUCUCGCCCAAAGUCAUCUGGGAUAGGCUCCAGCAUACCCCCGUGACCCUAGAGCGGCAUAGAAAAUGGAUGGAUGGAUUUAUUUUAAACCCUGAAUUAUAUUGAGGUAGCGGGGUGAUUUGCAGUGUAGCCAAAAUCAUAUAAAAUAUGUGAAAAUGGUAUUUUAAACACACAAGAACAAAGAAAACACAAGACAGAAUGAAUUUAUUAAAUACAUUAUUAAUGGAAUAAAUUAUGAAAUUAAAUAAACUAAUAAUUAAUUUCAGUAAUUGAUUGAUUUAUUUUGUACCCUGAAGUAUAUUGAGGUAGCGGGGUGAUUUACAAUAUAGCCAAACGAAUAUAAAACAACAGAAAAAAUUUAGGACCAAAUCAAAUAAAAUAUGUGAAAAUUGUAUUUUAAACAACAAAAAAAGAAAAUAAGUCAAAUCAUAAAACCAUUGAAAUAAACCAUCAAUUAUUAAGAACUUCUAUAAGAAGAAAAAUGUAUUCACAAUUCACACAUGGCUCCGUUUACGAUCGGCCAUUGUUUCACAGAAGAACAUUACAGACAAACAUUACCUCAAAUGACAGAAGUAUGAAAAGUAUUUUGAUUUGAGAAUCGAUUUUAGAGCGUGAAGAGCUGGUAUCAGGAGUAUUGAUAUUUCAGUACCGAUCGGCACAUCACUAAUUCCUACAGCAUGGAAGCACUGGGAAAACCCUAAGUAAAAUGUAUAUAAUUAAAAGUAUUAUUUAUACUUUGUGCCGACUGCUGAUGGUUAUCUUUCAUUUUUGGAAUUGAUCACCUGUCUUGCACAACGCCACCUUGCUUGUUUUUAUUCUGACAAAUAUGAUGACGUAUAGCCGAGAAAGAAGUAUACAUAAAAAUAAUAGUGGCUAAUUUUGUGAUGUUUUUUGCGAGAAAUAGUAUUUGAUAUUAUAUGUAAUAUACACAAUUAAGCCCAAAUUAUUCGGAACCUGUGCACAUUUGGAUUUCUGGUGAGUUUUCUGUGUUGAAUGUUUUUUUUAAAGCUGGAAAUGUACUGUAAGAAGUUGUGUUACAGAUAUUUAUGACACAUUCUUGAGAAACAUUGUGGAUUUUUUUUGUCAAAAUGUAAAAAAUAGUGAGUAAUUUUUGGUAAAUAUCCCUUUGAUGCAACUCCCAACACUCUUUACCACUUUCGUGUGUCAUUUCCAGCUAAACAAUACCGGUUCAACACAUUAAAAUUGUCAGAGUAUGUAAAAUUUGGGUCUUAACUGUAUAUUUGAUGAGAUUAUAUAGACUGUCUUUCAAAAUACUUGAGUGGAAGUAAGUAAAAUGUAAAAGUGUUUAAAAAAAAACACACGAUUAUUGUCAAAUGAGGACCUUUUGAACUCCUGUUUGUGCAUAGAUAUUAAUAAUCACACCUGUCACGUUUGUACAGAAUACAGAUAUUUAAUUUGAUGUAUUAUUAAAUAUGUUUUAAAAUGAUUUAUUAAUGUCUUUAAAUCUUGCAGUAUGUAUGUGUUUUUGUAAGCCAGGGGUGUCCAAAGUCCGACCCGAGGGCCAUUUGCUGCCGGCGACUGUUUUUUUAUUGGCCCGCAACACAUAAAAAAAAUAUAAUUUAACAAGAAAACGUGAAGAAAAAACAAAUCAGCAGUAAUUUUACAAGAAUAAAGUCAAAAUAAUAAGAGAAAAAAGUUGUAAUGUAAUAACAAAAAAGGUGUAAUUUCCAAGAAUGAAGUAAUAUCAUGAGGAAAAAUAGUGUCCUUUAAAUAAACAAAACAAAAAAUGAAGUUGUAAUUUUUGGAAAAUUAGGCUGGGGAAAAAGUUAUUAUAUUAACUUUUAUAAAGUUAAAAUAUUAUGGGAAUAAUGUUGUUGUUACAAGAACAAAAUUUAUAAGGAGAAAAUAAUAUUUUUAAAAAAUCAACAGAAAUGGAAAAACAGCAAAAAUUUUUUUUUUUUUUACCAGAAUAGAGUGAAAAUAUUAAGAGAAAAAUCUUAUUCUAAUGAGAAAAAAAAUUUUAGAAAAGAAUUAUCGCAUAAUAUUAUGAGGAAAAAUAAUGUCAUUUUAGUAGCAAGGAGUUGAAAUAUUAAAGAAAAAAGACGUUAUUUUUUAAGUUGAAAUAGUUGGAAAAUAAAAAACACUGCAGAAAUGGAAAGAACAGCUGUAAUUGUACGAGAAUAAAGUCAAACUAUCGAAUGAGGAAAAAAAGUCACAGUUUCACAAUAAUAAACUUGUAAUAUUAUGGGCAAAAAUAAUGUCAUUUUAGUAGCAUUUAACAUAUAUCACAAUAUAUAGGAAACGACGAGACCGAGUGACUGACAAGAGGGUUUCCUCACUUCGUUCAUUCCGCUAGAGAACCAAUGCACCCUGGUGUUGAGGCAGAUGCACAGAGUGACACCUCUUGUCAUCCAGCCUGUUUGGUAGAGAGAGAGGAGGAAAACAAACGCGCAUGCACAUGUCAAUUUAUCGAGGCCAGCAAAAUUGUCAACUUCAUUUUUAUUUACCGUGCGAUUCAUUGAUUUAUUCAUUAUCGUGACAGGCUUCAUCACAAAGCUGAAAUGCAUUUUUUUCUUGAAAUCGACAUAUAACCUCUUAUCAUAUCUACAUGUGUUGCCUUACAAAAUAUCAAAGUUGCCCUUGCAUCCUUUCAUUUUUCUAUACAUGGCACUUGGUGGAAAAAGUUUGGACAUCCCAAAGGCCACACACAAAACACGCACCCCUGCUCUGCUCCCUGUGCUAUUAUUUUUCUGACAAAUACAGCAUGGUGACGCUGUUGUUAAACCCCCACACUUGACCCCAUGAGUCAGACAAGCACAUAUGUGUAAAAUUUGAGCAUGAUUGGUUGACAAACAUGGGCACCAUCAAGCAAAACAUCUUUGUAUGGGCAUGCAAGAAGACAAACAUUAGUAUUUGACACCAUGGCCUCUGACCUGUCAUCAUAUAUUGGCAACAAAAAGAGGAAGUGAACAAUACCAGCACGAAGUUUCUCACAUUUCUUUUCCUGAUCACAGGGGCGGAUCUCCAGGCCUUCAUUAGCAUUAGACGGAUGACCUUGGGAAAUGAAAGCAAACACAUUUGAAGUUAGAUCUACAAAGAGACAAAAAGGCGGUUAAACGGUGGCAGAUGCAUCACACAGAUAAGGCCAAGGCGGAGGGCGGAUGGAAAUGUCUGGGGGGAAAUUUCUGUGGUGGAAUAAUAAACACGGUGUCGAGCUCCCGAGUCAUUGCAAUUAAGCUUAAACAAGCAAUGAUUUAAAAAAAAAAAACAAGAAAAGAGAAGUGCUGGAGCGUCUUGCAGACUCUGGGAAGACAGCAGAUGAGAUACAGUAAAAUAAAAAUAUAAGCAUAUAGUGUAUGUAUAGUGUAUAGUGGAUGCAAAACAUUUACAGAUGGAAUAAAAAAUUCAAUAGACAAGCACCUUUUUAAUUAUAUUUGAUUUUUUUUUUUGUUUUUGUAAAUAACCAGAUAGAAUGAAAUGUAAAUUGUAUAUUCAUUUAGGAUAUAAAGGGCUUUUUUAUGUAACAAUAAUAUACAAUCAAUUUAUCUACUCUGUCGUCCCCUGGGGGUCAAAGUUAACCAGUAGUGCAUCCAUUAAGAGACAAACUACAUUAGCAAGCUUUUCACUGAGGCUGCUGAAACAAAAUCCCAGACAAAAGUGGACAAUGGAGAGGCAAGAAAGCUAAAUUCAACCAAAAUUAUGACAGACUUUACUAAAAAUAUACAUUUGUAGUUUCCAGGCGUGCUGAGUGCCGGGAGGAGUUUGUUGUUCCGUCAUUUUGUAUAAAAGUGAAAAGCAACUAUUCGGAACUUUACACAAUGGCAUUGAAGACGUUGCUGCCAGCCCCAGACUGGAUUUUCGGCACUGACCACCAAAACAAGCACGUACAAAACAUAUAGUGCAGUAAAGAAGCAGGACACUACAGUAUGACCCCUCCCACUUGUGAGGAAUUGCUUCUGUUUUCCCCCCAAACAGAAUGACCAAAUGGGCGUGGACUUACUGUCUGUGUGAGCUGGUGUCACUUCACAAUCACAAGCAACAACUCCUCACUGACUCACUGCAUUCACUGUCAGAUAUUAUUUAAUAGCAGAUGUGAUGCUGAUGCUGCAAUAAAGGAAGCUCCAGUGACAUGAAGCAGCUUACCAAAGCAGGCAAAGAAAGGUUCUGUCACCUUCUAUACAUGUUGAUAAGCUGCAGCUUCAACAUGUCUGCCGACACCUGCGCUGGUAAAUGACAUAAAACACCCACGAGUGAUACGACACAGGUCUGAUGCAGGGACUGAUAGUGCCAGUUCUAACCAAAUAGAAGUGAAAUGGCGACCAGUCAUUCUUUGCAGGUUUGGAAAAAUAGACAAGAACUACACAUGCCUAAUGAUAACAUCUUAAAGCCCCAGUAUGCCACAAAAUAACAGCUUCAAAAUGAUGUUAGAAGAACACCGCCUUUGUUAUUGCCAUGAUAAUUCAGUUUUAUCUACUUUGGUGGUAUAUAAUGUUGGUGAACCAGACCAGACACCUCUCAUGUUAUGUUGUUACUUGAAAAUUUGGAUAUUUUGGAGUGGUGGCCAAAAUAUUCUGGAAAAAUAUGCCUAAAAAGUGUCCGGAGUAUAAGUCGCGCCAGUCAAAAAUGCACAAUGAAGAGGAAAACGUUCUGGGGGGGAAAUUUAUUGUAUAAAAUCAGAGACUGAGAACAGACAUUUCGUCUUGAAAGACAAGCUAUAGUAAUAACAAUAAAAUUGAGAACAAAAGGCUAAAUAGGAGUAUGUUAACGUAACGCGAAUAGGUGGUAUGGUAGCAUAACAUAUUGUAUUAGUACUUUAUUUAUCCCACAGCGGGGAAAUUCACUUGUUACAGCAGCAAGCAUGAUACGCAAGUAAAGAAUACAGUGUAAAGAAUACAUAUUGACUACAACAUGGUUCAGGUGGUGCAGGUGUUGUAGAGCCUGAUAGCGGUCGGUAUGAAGGACCUGCGGAACCUCUCCUUCUUACACCGUGGGUGUAACAGUCUGCUGCUGAAGGAGCUGCUAAGGGAAACAACAGUAUCAUGUAGCGGGUGAGAGGUGUUGUCCAUGAUGGACGUCAGCUUAGCCAACAUCCUUCUCUCCCCCACUUCCUCCACGGAGUCCAGAGGACUGUCCAGGACAGAGCUCGCUCUCCUGAUCAGCCUAUUGAUCCUGCUCCUGUCCCUGUCCGUGCUGCCCCCUCUCCAGCAGCCCACAGCAUAGAAGAUGGCUGAGGCCACCACAGAGUCAUAAAAGGUCCGUAAAAGAAUCCUGCACACACCAAAGGACCUCAGUCUCCUCAGAGGCUCAUUAAUAGUUGUUCAGAUAACUAUAGCCUAAAAACCUGCAAAGUCAUCUAUAUUCAUCGCCUUGGCAACCUACCUGGUUGUGGAGACGUAACUGCACUGUUGACAAGCCUCUCCCGGCAACACUCAUUUGUGGCCAUCUAGCGUUUAGCCUGCUACUACUGUAGUUUUUUUUGCUUUCUUCAUUGCAGUUAGAGUAUCCUCCGCUUUUCACCAGUCCAUCACAAGUUUCCUGUUCACUCCAAACUUUCCUUCUGCUGCUCGAUUACCGUUUUUGGCGGCAUUUUUCACUACUUGCAGCUUGUAAUCUGCAGAAUAUGUUUUUCUUUUUGGGGGCGUUUGUGUUCCGUCUUUCUCAGUUGUCUUUAUGAACAGGUAUGAACAGGCAUGCAGACAGAACUCCGUGACACUCCAAACCAUAGAAGAAGAAAGAACGGAUGCGCAUAAGUCUGUCGUCUUCCGCUUACGAGAAGUGGAAUUACUCCUGCGAGUCAUUAUGGAGUAUAACACAACAAAAUGUCAGGAGAAUGUCGACUGAGGCGAGUCAUGUACGUCGAAAUAUUCAGAUAUUAUGUUGGCUUGUCAUCAGAGCUCACUUCUGGUCAUGUGACAGCGACGACGAGGCGGUGGUGGGUCGGUGACGUCAUCGUUGUCAUAUUGCCUGUAUACACGACAAGCCGGCGUUGUCAGAUUUUCCCUCUCUGGAAGCCGCUUUCAAAAUGUAGCGUUUCAGGUCACCCAGAACACCUCAAAGGAUAAAAUCCUUUGAGGCUCUCAUCCACACUUUGCCGUUUUCACCUUGAAAACUUUUCCGUGUGGCUAGCACCUCAGUUGUCUUGAUAAGUUUAUGUUUACAUUGUAAAUUUUCCGUGGUACUAGAGUGAUAGGAGUAGCAGAUACUGGCACACAAGCCUAAGGUCACGCUGUCAGUGUGAAAAACAAACAUAUAUAAGUCGCUCCAGAGUACAAGUUGCAGGACCAGCCAAACCAUGAAAAAAGUGCAACUUAUUGUCCGGAAAAUACCGUAGUUUACUUUUCUUUAGUUUUAUCACGCAGUGGUUAACUACUUUUUGUACUUGUGUGACAGUUCAAAAUGUUUAAAUGUCACUUAAAACACUGCAUUGGAAUUGGAAUUGAUAUACAGUGGAUGUUACUGUAUACCAGGGUUCACCAACACAGUGCCCGCGGGCACCAGAUAGCCCCCCACGACCACAUGAGGCGCCCACAGGCCUGCUUUUCAUUCAGGUUUUCAGUUAUUAAUGUGAGAACACUAGAAAGAAAUGUAUUCUGAAACAUAAAAUGUGAGUUGUGGAUGCCAGCAUUUUGUGAAUGUUUUGGUAAAACAAGCAUAUUUGAUUUGUUUGGGUUGAAAUAAGGUAUGAAAAUCAUUUCUACAAAAAUGAGUAGCUUGUGGCCAUUUUCAUUUUCUAAAAGUAGCUCUCACAAGAAAAAACAUUGGUGACCCCUGCUGUAUACCAACACUAAAACACUAAUAGCUAUUAUUUCAUUCAUAUCAUACCAGUAUUGUCACUGUUAAAAAAAAAGCACAUAAAUCCAUUUAUCAUAAGAAAAGAAAACAAAAACCAACAGUUACUUUUCUUUGUUUUUCAGAUCCACUUUUUUGUUGUUUUUUGUUUAAAACCAAAAUGUGGAGAUACAUGCCUCACAUUGUACUGCUACAAUGAUGUAUUAUAUUUUUCCCUAUUAAAGAAAGGAAAGCCACCCUGAGAAGACAGUUGUGUGGACGAGCUGACAGCGUGAAAGACGAGACAGACAAAACAAAAUCAGAUUUAAAAAAUAGUUGAACGUUUUCAUGGAAAAUAUAUGGAUGCAGCAUAAAUCAGUGUGUGAGGACAGAUCAGUGUGAAUAGCUGGAGGCAAGGAAUUAGUCACCCUCCUGACUGUUAAAUCCCUCACAAAUAUACAGCGUGUAGAGAAAGUCGUUUCAAAGGUUUCUAAGCAGUUUCAUGUACACCAUUAAGUUCCCAUGAAAUCAAGAGCAGCACAUCGUUUGUUAUGUAAUGCUCGUGAAAAAACUUGAAACUUGGAAAAAUGUAUCCACAUGUGCUGACCUGACUGACAAAGAAAAACAGCAAGACAUUGACGCAUGCUUUUUUUUUAGUGCAAUGAUAAUGCUCCUUUUAGUGAGGCAUUUGUGUAAUAAUACAGUAUGUUUAUUACUGUCGUGGUUUGCAGCGGGGUACGAUGGCACUGCAUCAUACUGAGCAGCGCAUCUAAUAUUUUGGUUUAGCCACGUACAAGGGCCAACAUAUUACAAACCUGUAGUCGCCACAUGCUUGUACACCAACCGUAUACUAGUACAUACGUGUCAGUGUAUACACUUAUAACAAAUGUGCAUAUCGUAAAUUUAAUUAAUGUCUCUAUUCGGGCUGUCCGAUCCAAUUCCUAGAUUGCUGCCUCCGACAGAUUUUCAUUUCGAAUCUUCUCUGGCCAUGGGAUGCUGUAGAUGCGCCUCAGACAGGUGUUCCAGAAUGUCUGUACCUUCCAUGUUUUGCAUCCAUAGCACAGAAUUGACUUCACGCUGGACAAGAUAACAGCAGCUGCAUCCAGCAGCGUUAUCUACCUCUGUAUGCGCUCUAAAAUGAUUGUUGCGCCACUCAGUUCUUGGUGCGAAACUCAUGCGUGUUACACUUGCCAUACUAUUCACAAUGAUCAUCAGCGCUAUUUAUGCUGACUGGGCAGUUUGCUCCUUUCCGGUAUUACAACAUUGGUUCUGCUGUGCAAUAUAUAUGUUCAUGAAUGACCAUGUGGUCAAAGAGUGAUACAUUUUUUCUUUCUCAUGCGCUCCAAAUCAAUAUUAAGGUUUAAAAAAAGAAGUUGUUACAUAUAUGAGUGUUAGAAAAAACAACCUAUCUUCAAUUAUUGCUGGCUUUCAAUUAACGCCCCAUCCUCUUUGCAGCUUAGGUAAAUAAACACACGGGCUAUAAUUACAGCAAAUGUAGACCUGUUCUCAGUUUCCAAAAUGCCAGUAUUUUUAUCCAGCUGCUAAGUGUCUCUACUGAAAGUCACAUGCUCCCAACUACUGGAAGCUAAUGGCCUUUCCGAAAUUGCACUGAUUCCCCCGCCAACUUAACUCAGUCAUUCUUGGCUCUCUCGUCUUUUGAAUAAACCGCCACCGUCGCUCUAUCAUCUUCCAAAUAAUCAUUAUCCCCUGUCAUCACCUAUGAGGCGCUGGCUUUGUCUCUGCCGUGUCUCAGCAAACCGAGUCAGUGAUUUAGUACAAAAAUGGGUUUGGAGCAUCUCUCCUGUUGUUCUGGGAUCACAUUACCACUCUGAGGUUUUCUGACAAAUGGUGAAAGUUUUACUGCGGCUUGCACCCUGUCUUGUUUUAACAUUUCACAGUUGUUGCAACAUCAAACCUUUUUAUUAGCGAUACGCAGGAAAGUAAUCAUAAUUGUAAAUCAUGAAUUAAAAGACAAUUAAAGGGAUUUACAUGUGAUUCAUUAACAUGAUCUCUGCCACAACUUGCCGCCAUGCAUUGAGGCAGCUAUGGAUGAGUGUUUAAGGUGUUUAAGCCUUGAUUUGAUACUUUUUAUCCUCGUAGGCACUCAUUUAUGCUGUGAUCAUAUGCAAGGCACCUAACAUUUAACUUUAAAAUACUUUGGCAGUCAUAAAAUUCAGAGUUCAACCGUAAUUUGGGGAAAAAUAUAUGUGUGACGUGAGACUUCAGCACCUAAAGCAGAGGCGUCCAAACUUUUUCCAGUGAGGGCCACAUGGUGAAAAAUGGAUACAAGGGCUUCUUUGAUAUUUUGUAAAGCAUAUGCUAAGAAAUUCUAUAUAUUUCAAGAAAAAACUGCAUCUCAGCUUUUUGAUUAUAAAUGAAAAAGCCUUUUAUUAUCAACGUUGCUGUUUUUCCCCGAUUUUUGCUGUUUGUUUUUUUAAAUUUUUCAAUUAUUUUUCCAAAAUUUUCUGAAAUGUUUCCUCAUUAUAAUAUGACUUUAUCUUUAUAUGUAUUUUCACUUUAUUUCCAUCAUAUAAUUUUUUCCCCAACCUAAUUUUCCAAAAUGUACAACUUUGUUUUGUUUGUUUCUCAUAAUAUUAUGACUUUAAAAAAUAA